CUUAUCGAAGUAGGUCGUAUUGACAUCGAGCAAGCCGAGACCAUUAUACCACUCAACACGAUUCGUAAACUUGUUGAGGCUAAUAUUCUCAAAGAACAUAAAAACUACACAGUGUCCUUUCAUUCACGUUAUAUCGACACUUACUUUAAAGAG